AUGGCCAUAGUGUUUAUAGGAGUUUUUUUAUGUCCAAGGAGGGCUCGAAAGCAAUUCCUUACGGACGAGUACAUUGCUGCAGCGCUGGAAGAUGGUGCGGAUAGUGAGGAUGGGCUAGAUUUUGACGAUGACAGCCUUGCGGACCCUGAUUUUAUACCAGAACUGGAAACAUUUGAAGAUGACAAUGUGGCGUUGGACAUUGACAUGGAUUCUCUUAUCGAAACUUUAGAAGAUAAACAAGAAAACCCAUCUACAAGCGCAGAAAUUGACCCAUCAAACGUAAGUGUUCCUCAACUUUCUUCAGCUCAAGACAGCCAACAAAUGAGCAACGAGCAAUUCCAAGGUAAAAAAAAGCCUGCCAAGUUGGUAUUACGCUGGAAGAAAAAAAAUCUUGAGUUGAAUGCCGAGCAGCUCAUGUUCAAGGGAAAUAAGACCUUGGGUCCUGAUCUUCUAGACCUUCAUACUCCCAUACAGUUCUUUUUAUACCUGUUUCCUAAAGAACUCAUACAAAAUAUUGCAGAAGAGACAAACCUUUACCGAGUUCAAAAGGAUCCCAAUAGCACUUCACACAUGACAGAAAUGGAUGUCAGGCAAUUCAUAGGAGUGGUGUAUUUAAUGUCUCUUAUCCAGUUACCUAGAGUUAUUAAUCAUUGGAGCCCAAUCCUAGUACACGUAGCCGAGCUCGUCCUACAACAAGGCGGCCAACACGUAUGGCGUAUCGUGAGAACAUACAUCGACGACCAAUCAGAAAGCCAGGUUACCAAGGAAGAAAACGUGUCAGAAGACCUACAAACUACCAGACAGAACACUCCAGGUACGAGGAAUAUGAACACAGUGAUAACAAAAAUGAAUUCAAUUCAUUUUAUCGUAGCGCUAUCGGCGCUCGUAAGUUGUAUGGCAGCCAAACCUGACUUACGUUUUGCGUGGAAACAGGUAGAUUAUGUUUGGGAUAACCCAUCGCAAAGAGAGAACGCUGUGAAAAACGGUGUUUUCGUCCAAGAAAACAAUCUACCACUGGGUUUGGCGAGAUGGAAGAACAAAUUAUUUGUGACUAUCCCACGUUGGAAAAACGGUGUCGCGUCUUCUUUAAAUUAUGUGGACGUAGAUGGUCCAAAGGAUCAGAUUUUGAAACCCUACCCUUCAAUGAAAGAUAAUCUCAUACCUGAUUUAGCUACAGAGCUACCAACAAACAAAUCUAUCGUAUCAGUAUUCAGGUUGUACGUUGAUCCCUGCGAUAGACUUUGGGUUAUUGACUCAGGUUUAGCAGAUAUAUUAGGUUCGGGAAACCAAAUCGCCGGUCCAUCUAUUGUUAUCUUUGAUCUGAACACUGAUAAACUCCUCCACCGCUACUACUUUAAGGUUUCGGAUAUUAAGGAAGAUUCUUUCUUCGCAAAUAUUGUUGUGGAUGUAGACAAGAACACUUGUGAUGACGCGUACGCAUACGUCCCAGACUUGGGAGCAUUCGGUGUUGUGGUAUACAGUUUGAAACAAGACGACUCCUGGCGAGUGGCACAUCAUUACUUCCACUUUGAACCUCUUGCUGGUUCAUACAACGUCAGUGGAAUAGUUUUCCAUUGGACCGAUGGAGUCUUCGCGCUUUCACUGUCAGAACCUAGAGAGAAUGGGUUCCGUACAAUGUUCUUCCACGCAUUCUCAAGCACAAAAGAGUUCUGUGUGUCAACGGAGUUGCUCAGAAACUACAGACAGAUAAACAGGAACGAAGCAUUCAACGAUUUCAAGCUUCUAGGUGACAGAGGAGAAAACACACAAUCUUCAGCGAGCUACUACGACACAAACACUAGUGUUCUGUUCUAUACACAGGUAAACAGAGACGGCAUCGGUUGUUGGAACUCUAACAAGCCGUACACCCCCGAAAAUAACCCGCUGCUGUUCAAUGACCCCAUAAACUUCGAGUUUCUCAACGAUUUAAAGGUUGACAGUGAGGGUAUACUCUGGCUGUUGAGCGACAAACUUCCACGUUUCAUGUACCAAUCGCUUGACCCCAAUGAGAUCAAUUAUAGAAUAAUGAGCAUUAAAGCAAAGGACGCCAUCGCUGGGACUGUCUGUGAAUAG